AUGAAUCAGAUUGUUCUGGUGUUCUUCUUACUGAAUUCACUAUCUCUGUGCGUUCAUUCUCAACAAAAUUAUUCAGGAAUAUCAGCACAGGAUUGCCAAAAAAAGGACCAAACUGGUAAAUCUCAAACUUACCUUUACUCCUGCAAUGGCCAAUACCCAAGUUGCCAAACCUUCGUCAUCCUCACAUCUCAACCGGAUUAUAACUCAGUUGCAACCAUUUCAAACCUCACAUCUUCAAAUCCGGAAGAGCUUGCCAGAAUCAACAAAGUCACAAGGCUCACAGUAUUCCCACUGAACAAAGAAGUGAUUGUUCCUGUGUUCUGCUCUUGUAUGAAUCAGUACUACCAGGCCAACACCAGAUUUAUCCUCGGCCAAAACGACACAUAUUUCUAUGUAGCCAAUCAUAUAUACCAGGGUUUAUCUCCUUGCAGCUCUGUCAUGCUUGCCAAUCCAUAUGAUGAAUUCAACUUGCAUCCGAAUAGGGAACUGCAAGUGCCCCUCAGAUGUGCUUGUCCCACAUCGAAUCAAUCUGCUAAUGGAAUUAAGUAUCUGGUAACUUUCUCAAUUGGUCAGGAUGAUAAUGUUGAAGAUAUUGCCAAGAGAUUCAAUGUAAGUUCGAGGAGUGUACUAGAUGCAAAUGGGUUUUCAGAGGAGAAUCCGAUACUUUCUCCUUCCACAGCAAUUCUGGUUCCUCUUCCAACCGAGCCUUCGAGUUCACAAACCGUAGUUCGCAAGAGUUACAAUAGCAAUCCUACGCGGCAUAAAGGGAAGAGAAAAGUUUAUGUAAUUUUUGCGAUUGAGGCAGUUUGUGUGGUGCUAGUCCUCUGCGUAGUUCUAUGCGUUGCCAUUCUGUUUUACAAGAAGAGAUCAAAUAAUAAGUCUCCUCCGAGGGGUAACAGCAAAAGAGCGACAUGGGUGUCUCCAGAGGAUCUCCGUGUCGAAAUUGCGAGUUUCGAGAAAUUUCUCCAUGUGUUUGGAUUUGAGGAGAUCAAAAAAUCCACAGAAGAUUUCAGCUCCAAGAAUAGAAUAAAGGGUUGCGUGUAUUAUGGGGUAUUUGGCAGGGAAACCCUGGCGGUCAAGAAAAUAAGUAGAGAUGCAACGAAUGAAGUGAACAUCCUGAAGAAGAUCAACCACUUCAAUUUGAUAAAGCUUGAAGGCAUAUGCACAUAUCAACAGCACUUCUAUCUUGUUUUUGAGUACAUGGAAAAAGGGUCUUUGAAGGAAUGGCUCAAUGGAAACAACAACAAGAACUCUGACUCUGAGGAAACUUUGAGUUGGGCAAGGAGGAUUCAAAUCGCUCUUGAUGUUGCUCAAGGACUCAAUUACCUUCACAGCUUCACUGAACCUGCUUAUGUCCAUAAAAACAUCAAAACCAGCAAUAUCCUACUUAACACCAAUCUGAGGGCUAAGAUAUCAAAUUUUAGCCUCGCAGGAGUAGCAAAGAAAGAAACGAGAAGCCGUUCUCUGUCAACCCAUGUGGUGGGAACGAGAGGCUAUUUGGCUCCUGAGUAUUUGGAGAUGGGACUGGCAACAGCAAAGAUGGAUGUGUAUGCUUUGGGAGUGGUGAUUUUGGAACUCAUUACGGGGAAAAAGGCUUCCAUAAAACAAAAUGGACGAAAAGUGUUACUUUCAUCAGCGGUAGUAUCAAUUAUGGAAGGAGACAAUGCAGAAGCUGAGCUUGGUUUGCUCAUUGACCCUGUUCUCAAAGGAGAAAAUAGGAUAGAAUUGGCCAUGCGGAUUGCUCAACUGAGUGUUGCCUGCUUAAAUCGAGAACUUGAAAGGAGACCAAUCAUGGAGGAGGUAGUUUCUAGUCUCUUGAAAAUUCAGGCAGAUUUACUGAAAUCAGAAUUAGUAUUGGAUGUGGAUUCCUUUAUUAGCGGUUAG